AUGGCAUCACGUAUAGAGAGAAAAAACCCUAACAUUACCUAUUCAGAAGAGGUUUCACUUCCCACUCUUCACUGUGAUCUCAUUCCAAUGAAGCACCUUCUCCAAUUCCAAUGUGUCUCCUACUUCUGGAAUUCUCUAAUAUCAUUCGCCAGAAAACACUUUAAACUUUCAACAACCAAGCAGUCAGAUAUAACAAACCCUAACAUCAUGGAUUCACUUCCUACUCUUCCUUUUGAUCUCAUAACAGAAAUACUCUCUAGGCUACCCGUCAAACUCCUUCUCCAAUUUCGAUGCGUCUGCAAAUCAUGGAAUUCUCUAAUAACCGAUCACAAAUUUGCCCGAAAACACUUUAAUCUGUCAACCACGCUAAACCUCCACGUAAUAAGCUACGACGGUCCCUUGGACCGGUUUGUUUUAAGGUCUUAUCCACUCCAAUCCCUUUUCACAGACCUAACUACUAAUUUCAUUCAACUUGGUUUUCCAUUUAAUAGUCCUUAUGAACACUAUUUACAUUACAUUGUUGGCUCUUGUGAUGGGAUCCUUUGUCUCGCCGAUUUUCAUAACACUUUUGUUGUAUUGUGGAAUCCUUCCAUUCAAAAAUUCAAGGAAUUGUCCCCUUUUGAAAAGCCACAAGUGGCUGGUUCGGCAAAGUUUGGCUUCGGCUAUGAUCAUGUUUCUGGUAAUUAG